AUGUCAAGAAGGGUGGUCGAAAAGACGGAGGGGAAGGCCGUGCGAAAGGUGUCUCCUCGCCGCACCCAGGUAUUCAGAGACUAUAUUAAGCUUUCUGCGGAGUUUCAGUAUCGAUGGAUCUGGAGUCCUAGAAGCGUAGGAGAAAGACGAACACCACGGCCAGGGACACAGAGACAUGUCAGGAGGGAGUAA